AUGACGGGACUGCGCUGCACGGUCGCUGCGGCGCUGAGUAGCCUCUGCAUGAUGGCUGGUGGAGCUGCAAUGCCUCUUGUGGCGUGGGCGGACCCCACGCUUACCCGGAGUACCUAUGUGUAUGAUGCCGGACGACUCUUGGGGUCCGAGAAGCGGGACCGCCUGGACUCGGAGCUGGCGGAAUUCUCACGACGCACUGGCUGGAAUGUCCGGGUGGUAACCAGCUAUGGCCCUGGCACCCGGCCGGACGAGACGGAGAUACGGGCGGCUUGGGGUCCACUGGACAAGCGCAGUGUCAUCGUGGAGUACGACGCAACGGCACCCUCGCUCAUCAACCUGCCGUACAUCGGCGACGAGGCAGUGGUGCUCCUCAGGCGACCUUGGUGGUUUGAGUUCAAGGGCCGCUUCGGUAAUUUGUUUUACGUCCGAGAGCAGGGCGAGCAAACUGCCAUCCUGGCCAGCACGCAGGUUCUCAUGGGCUGCCUGGCCCGGCCGGGCGGCUGCGCAGUUGUCCCCGGGCUGCCGGAGGAGCAAUACUAUUUCACGCUGGUUACCAGCAUCGGAGGCGGACUGGUGGCCGGCUUCGUGUCCAAACUAGAACCGCAAGGUUUUGUGCAGCGGCGAUGGGUGUGGCUGCUGAUCUUCUCGCCGCUGUGGGCAAGUCUGUUCAUCAAUUUUGGGUUGGGCCCCGUGGUCAGCCGCACUGAUGAUAAGCUGCCGGUGAUCGGUAACUGCUUGGGAUUCGCGCUGGGAGCCGCCUCACCAUACCUGGUGCAGCGGAUACUUGCUCCACCGCCACUUAAGGACCAGCAGUAA